GAUUGAGGAGAGCUUACUACUACCUUCUCAAUCUCUGCGCAAUGGAAGCUGUUCCUUUCUCGGCCGUGUCUUCCCGCCAUUUUUCUCCCGCUCAUCUUUCACUCUCAGCAAACCGUAGCUUCUGCGAUCCGAGAAGCUCCAGAGAUUCAACUAAGUUGAGCUCUACAUGGUCCGUUUCGAGCAUCUCCAGGGAGCUCUCAUCCAGGAACCUAUUCACGAGAGAGAUAUGGGCUUUUGUUAAUUCCAAGAGUCUUACUGUUCGAAGAGAAAUGCGUAGUGUUGUAAGAGCGGAAAUGUUUGGGCAGCUGACUAGCGGCCUAGAAGCAGCUUGGAACAAACUCAAAGGAGAAGAGGUUCUGACCAAGGAAAACAUUGUGGAACCUAUGCGAGAAAUAAGGAGAGCUCUUUUAGAAGCAGACGUAAGCCUGCCUGUUGUGAGAAGGUUUGUCCAAGCUGUGAGUGAGCAAGCUGUUGGCGUUGGACUCAUUCGAGGAGUGAGACCAGAUCAGCAAUUAGUCAAGAUUGUACAUGAUGAACUUGUGAAAUUGAUGGGUGGAGAGGUCUCUGAACUGGCUUUUGCAAAAUCUGGCCCCACAGUGAUAUUAUUGGCAGGUCUGCAAGGUGUUGGAAAGACAACUGUUUGUGCAAAGCUUGCUUUAUAUCUCAAGAAACAGGGAAAGAGUUGUAUGCUUGUUGCUGCCGAUGUGUACAGGCCUGCUGCAAUUGAUCAACUUGUUAUUUUGGGUGAACAGGUGGAUGUGCCGGUUUAUACGGCAGGAACUGAGGUAAAACCUUCAGAAAUAGCUAGGCAAGGUCUAGAGGAUGCCAAAAUGAAGAACAUAGACGUGGUCAUAGUGGAUACUGCUGGAAGACUUCAGAUAGAUAAAGCAAUGAUGGACGAAUUGAAGGAAGUGAAGCGGGCACUGAAUCCUACAGAAGUUUUGCUUGUGGUGGAUGCAAUGACUGGCCAAGAAGCUGCAGCUUUGGUCACGACAUUCAAUCUUGAGAUUGGAAUCACUGGGGCCAUAUUGACAAAGCUAGAUGGAGAUUCUAGAGGUGGAGCUGCUUUAAGUGUUAGAGAGGUUUCAGGGAAGCCGAUCAAACUUGUGGGCCGAGGAGAGCGUAUGGAAGACCUUGAACCUUUCUACCCAGAUCGUAUGGCUGGACGAAUCUUAGGAAUGGGGGAUGUUCUUUCAUUUGUUGAGAAGGCACAAGAAGUUAUGCGCCAAGAGGAUGCGGAGGAACUGCAGAAGAAGAUAAUGAGUGCAAAAUUUGACUUUAAUGACUUCCUAAAGCAGACUCGUGCUGUUGCACGAAUGGGUUCAAUGACUCGAGUUAUUGGAAUGAUCCCAGGAAUGGGGAAGGUAACUCCUGCACAAAUUCGGGAAGCAGAAAAGAGCUCAAAGAUAAUGGAAGCAAUGAUUGAAGCAAUGACUCCAGAGGAAAGGGAAAAACCUGAACUGUUGGCCGAGUCCCCUGCAAGAAGAAAACGAGUUGCUCAAGAAUCUGGGAAAACAGAGCAGCAGGUGAGUCAACUUGUUGCCCAACUUUUCCAAAUGCGAGUUCGUAUGAAGAAUUUAAUGGGAGUUAUGGAGGGAGGAUCUAUUCCUGCAUUGAGUAAUCUUGAAGAGGCACUUAAAACUGAAGAGAAGGCACCCCCUGGUACCGCAAGGAGGAAAAGGAAAUCAGAGUCUAGGAGGCAAUUUGCAGAUUCAGCAACUGCAAGGCCAAAUCCUCGUGGUUUUGGAACCAGGACUUGAGACUUGUUCCUCGAAGCAUAUCUAUUUCCUGCAUUAAAAUGGUUCCUGUCUGCUUACUGAUUGUUAAGAGUAGUACCUGUUAAGAAUCUUGUCCUCGAGAUGGGUAAAGUAACAGAACACUAUGAUAUUAAUCAGAGUAAAUUCAAUUGAUGAA